AUGGCCAGCAAUCUUGUUCCCGGUGACGACAUUCCCGUCCAGGACAAUGACUAUGUGACCCAGCGAAAGGACGAGGUCCCCGUCCAGGACGACCUGAAGGAGGUCGAGGACCCUAUUGAUGAGAAUGUCGCCGACACCGACGAGCAGCUCGCCAAGGACGAUAAUGAAGCGAUCGAUACUUCCAACAUCAUCAAGGAUCGUACUCGUCACGCCAAGCCCCAGACUCAGAAUGGCUACAACGAGGGUCCCUCCGAGGAAGAGGUACCCGGCCUUUAA